AUGAAUGAAGCGAUCAUGACGCCGCACUUCCAGGCUCUUGCCAAUUUUCCGUUGCUGCUCGCCACGAUCGUUCUUGUUUGUUCCUGUAAAGCCGAAUACUGUGGUGAAAAUAAGAUUCCGUUUGGACUGGAAAUUUAUCAUAAUGCUCAACCACAACUGCUCUGCUCUCGUCCGACCUGUUUCGAGCGUCGAUUUGCGGACUGCGAUGAUCGGGCAUUGCGCAAAUCAUGCGAAUCGAACGAUAGUUGGGUGGGUGGAUUUGAUAAGGGCUAUGGCGAUCAUCAACCGCUGUACGUACAGUGCUGUACCUUUGAAGGCCUAGCAGAGUAUUCCAGUCCUCUCUAUCGAACGACUAUUAAACCAGGAGAGUAUUUCGAAGGAGAGGAGCAGAUUGACGAGGAAACUGAACAAGUUGUCUCCUUUGAUGUCAUCACCAAUUUUCGAAUGAUUCGAACUCCCAAUUCAACGUAUGUCAUUUCCAUUCUUUAA